CAUGGGAGCCAAUAGCUUCCACCCCGUUGAGUCUUCCGUCACAGAGACCCCAGUGCCAACUAGCCUCUCACCAGAUGUGUCUCCUAUUGCGAAGAUCUUAGUGCCCACAUAUCUGCCACACGCUGAAGCUUCCAUUGCAGACGUCCAGAUAGAGACCAGCCUCCCACCAGCUGAAACUUCUACUACAGAGACCCCGGUGCCCACCAGUCUCGUGUCAGAUGGACCUUCCUCUGUAGAUGUGCUGCUGCCAAUUGACAUCUCACCAGCUGUGCCAUCUCCUGCAGACACCCUGGUAGAGAACAGCCAACCGCCAUCUGAACCGUCCAUUGUUGAGAAUCUGGUGCCAACCAAUCUCAUGUCAAAUGGACCUUCCACUGCUGACGUGCUGAUGCCAACUGACCUCCCACCAACUGCAUCUUCUACUGCACACACCCUGGCACUGCCCAGCCUCUCACACAUUGACCAUUCCAUUGCUGAGAGCCUCAUAGUGACUGCCCUCCCACCAGCCCAGCCUUCCAUCACACAGCUCCUGGCACUGACCAGCCGUCCACCAACUCGAUCAUCUAUUGCAGAGACUCUGCUAGAAACCAGGCUCCCACUGGCUAAACCCUCCAUUGCCGAGACUCUGUUACUGACCUAUUCUCCCCCUCUGUCUGCGAGCAGUGAUACAGCCACUCUGUCACUGAUGUGGUCAGUGCACUGGAGGAAGCUGUAUAAAUGCUUGGAUCCCGGCCCAUUGCAUGGUGUAGCUGUGACCUCGCCUGGUCGGGCGAUGCAGCCCGAUUCCCCCCGGGAACUCCUUUGUGAUUUUGAACACGGCUUCUGUGAUUGGGAGCAAAGCACCAGAGAUGACUUUGACUGGACCCGGUGUCGUUAUCACACGUCUUCAUGGGAAACGGGCCCCAAUGGAGACCACACAAAAGGGCAAUGCAAACGCAAGGGAGGUCGUUAUUUGUACAUAGAAGCUUCAUAUCCCCAACAGAGUGGGGAUCGAGCAGCGCUCAUUAGCCCUGUAAUCAGAGGUCCGGCCUGUCUGUUGUUCUGGUACAAUAUGUAUGGAAAACACAUGGGCUCACUAAAUGUGUACAGUAAAUAUAAGAGUGCUGCUGACUGGUUCAGGCUGUGGUCGACUACUGGAAACCAAGGGAGAAAGUGGCACAGAGCCCAGAUCGAUAUUCGUGAAAAUCAGGAGACGUUUCAGGUGAUCAUUGAAGGAGUUUUGGGUUUGAGCUAUCAAAGCGAUAUUGCAAUUGAUGACGUGCAGAUCUACACAGACAGUUGUGCUGAACACAGGAAGCUCCAUAAUGCACAGUGUGACCUGCUGCUGAACACACACAAGUAAAUCCGUCUCCAGUUGGAGAAACUUUGUAUGCAGACCUCACACCCACUCUGCACAUAUCCUGUUCAGUGGGUGUUUAACUGAUACCCAACAUGAGCCAAGUUUAUAACAGGGUAUUUUCAGGCACAAACUGUCAGGAUAUGUUCCACUUGGAAGAGGAGCUCUUACACUCUGUCCAUGCUGAUUUGCUUCGAGUUCCUGGCAGUCACAAAUAUUUAAAGCUCAAGUUCUACGCCAUCAGUCUGACCAGACAGGUGACAUCUACACUUUACAAUCUCUCUGCACUCAAAAGCCAUUUUGUGACGCUGAUUAUGUAUUCAGGGUGAUUAACAAUAAAAUCGCACAGUAAAUUAUG